AUGGCUCUUGAACUCUCCGUCAAGCAAAAUUUCACCGAUUUCACCAAGGUCGUCCAUCGAACCGCCCAGCCCAUCACCUCCCUGUCUCGACCGGAGCUGAACCAGGCCGGCAGAACGGUUCUAGUGACCGGCGGCGCCACGAACAUUGGUUAUGCUAUUGUGAAGAGCUUCAUUACUGCCGGUGCCUCGACGGCCAUCAUCGCCGCCCGACGUCAAGAAGUUCUCGACAACGCCGCGGCCGAACUCAGAGCGGAGAUCGAGAAGAAAAGUGCGUCGGCUACCAUUCUCACCUAUAUCCUCGACCAGGCAAACCCUACCUCCGUGCGUGAGCUCUGGAUCAAGCUGAGCAAUGAUGGAAUCGUGGUGGACACACUGGUGUUAAACGCCGCCUCCUUUUCGGAGGAGAAGCCCAUCAUGGAACUCGGAGCCGACAAGGUCUGGGAAGCCUACGAGGCGAAUGUUCGAGGACCGCUUGAAUUGGUCCAAGGUUUCACCAGCCAAAAGGCGAAUAACCGACCGAAAGCCAUCGUGAACGUCGCAACCCAGGCUAUCAACAUGCUCUAUGAGUCCCAGUUAUAUCUCGCGGCUAUUCGUCCCGUCUACGGACUGACCAAGAACGCGGGCACGAUGCUCAUCCAGCAGAUAGCCAAGGACACCAAUCCGGAGGAGCUGCAGAUAGUCAGUUUCCAUCCAGGUGUUCUGUUCAGUGCUGAAUUCAAGAACAUGGGUCUUUCCGAAUCGAGCAUGCCCUUUGAUGACCCUGAACUGCCUGGAUCAUUCGCUGUUUGGGCUACGACCGAGGAGGCGAGAUUUCUUCACGGACGAUUCGUCUGGGCCGCUUGGGAUAUUGAGGAGUAUUCCAAGGGGGAGCUGAGGAAGCGGAUCGAGGAAAGUGAUGAUAUUUUGCGAGUUGGUGUGGUUGGAUUGAGGGGUGCUUUGAAGGGUUAG